UCCUCUCAGUUCAGAGAUGCCUGCUCAAGAGGUUGAAGAGACAUCCAUGGGCAUGGUAAAGGCAGAAAUGUCUGCCCCAGACCACCUUCCAGAGGGAGACAUGGGUAAAAGGCAUCAAGGAAAAUGUCUCAGAAUCAUCUCCACUGAGCCUCCUGUUAAGCUUUACUGCUGCUAUGUAGUGAUCAUGGUUCUCACUGUAGCUGUAAUUGCACUUUCUGUUGCCUUGUCAGGAUUUAGAAGACCUUUAGAAGAACAGUGCCUUCCUUCUACUCAUUUAAAGGAUGAAAAAGUUGAAGUGAGAAAGGAAAAACAAGUCGUGUUGACCCCUGGAUCUUGCUAUGCGAACUGUCCAAAUGGCUGGAUUGGAUUUGGAAACAAAUGUUUUUAUUUUUCUAAAGAAGAGAGAAACUGGACAGUCAGCCAGGCCUACUGUAGGGCACAGGCAGCCGAACUAGCUCGAUUUGACAGCCUGGAGGAGCUGAAUUUCCUCAAGAGAUGUGCAUCCUUUUUUCCCUACUGGAUUGGCUUGUAUAGAGAGUCAUUGCAACACCCUUGGAAGUGGACAGACAACACUGAAUAUAAUAAUUUGGAACGUGUUUUUGGAGGUGGCCUUAUAGGUACAGUGUAUAGCUACAUAAUUGCCAAUGACUUCAGCUCCUCAAGAGAAUAUUCGAUUUGUAACAAGUUCAACAGCCGUACUUUACACUACUCAAUGUCCAUUGUUCUUUAAUCGAAGGUAGGGAAAGUGUCAAAGCAUUUGUUGGAAAUCUAUUACAUGUUACCCAUGUUGAGUCUCCAUUUUUGAACUGCUAAUACCAGUAUACAAAAUCAAUUUGUAUUGUGUGAUAAUAUUAAGGAUAAAAACUAUCUUAGAGUACAACCCUUAGAGGUGUUUGGGAGACCAUAAAUGAUUUUAAGUUAAAUAGGUGUUCAGAUAGAAGUUGGUACACGUAUCUAAAAGCUAAAGUACAAAAACAAUAUUAGUGACCUCUACUUUAUGUCCACUUAUCAACAUUUGACAUUACUUACUCUUUUGAAGGCCUGGCACUUUAAGAAUUGAAGGGCAAGUGAAAACAUGUAAAUAUUUCAAUAAUCCCAGGAAAGAUAAUUUGUUAUCCCUUUGAAUAUUUUCUGGAACAUUCAACAUAUUUUACAAAAUUGAAUGACAAACAUAAAGGGAAAUAUAGAUGGGAUUAAAAUCAAUACCAUACAAACUAUAAUUUAGUUCAUUAUGAAUACUCUCAAAAUGUUUUUGGAAUAUUCUCAGUACAAUUUUUUUAAUUACAAGUGAUUAAUAACUAUUACAAUUAAUGCCAUUUUACUUUAUCUAUUUAAUUUUUAAAAACUCCACAUUUAAGAGUGCCAUUUUAAUGUAUUUUUAUUUGAUACUGAAGCAUCAUAAACAUUUGACUUCUAAUGUUAACAUAUUGAGUUCUAAGUACAAAAUACUUAAGUUUUUGUUUGAUCUUUCACUGCACUGCACUGAUAAGUCCCCACAAGAACAAGAUUAUGGGUCACAAACAUCUGUUUAGUUAAAAUUGUCUUUUGAUUUGUGCCUCUAAUCCCAAUGCCUGGGAGGCAGAGGUAGACAGAUUCUUGUGAGUUCAAGGUUUGAUGGCACACACCUUUUAUCCCAGCACAUGGGAGGCAUAGGCAGGUGGAUCUCUGUAAGUUCAA